AUGUACACCACCCACUGCCGCGCCAGUAUCGUCCAGAUCAAACUGGACAUGGCAGUCUUCAGGAAGGGAAAUCUUUCCAUGGCGGACUACUUCGCCAAGAUCCGCGCCAACGGUGAUCAGCUUGCAGCUGUCGGCCGCGCCAUGCGUGAUGAGGACAUCAUCACAGCCGUCAUCACUGGCCUCGACAGCGACUACGAGCCGCUCAUCACAGCUGCUACCACCCGCCUUGAGGGCAUGUCUCUUGGGGAGUUCUACUCCCAUGCGAUCGCCUUCGAACGCCGCCGCGAGUACAACGCUGCUCGUCUUCACCUUCGGCCCGGCGGCUCCUCCGUCAACUACGUCGCCCGGGACUCGAACGGCAACAACAACACCACCAACCGGGGCAAGGGCAACUACCGCGGCAAGGGUCACGGCAACUCUGGAGAUCACGGUGGCUACAACAACAACUCUCGCGGUGGUGAUCGCGGGAACCGCGGUGGUGGUGGCCCGCGCCAGCAAGGUGAUUUUGGUGGCACCCGCGAUGGUGAUCGCGGUGACUACGGCGACCGCGGUGACAACCGCGUCCAGUGUCAGCUCUGCCGUGGCCCUGGGCAUUACGCCUGGGAGUGCGGCCAGCGCUACAACCAUGCCUUUCAGCCUCAACAGUCCAAGAUGGCAGGGCUUGCUGCUGCUUCUCCUCCAUCCAUCCUAGGUGACCCCGCCUGGUUCACUGACACCGUGGCCACAGACCACAUCACCGGCGACCUGGAUCGCCUCACGGUCCAGGAGAAGUACCCAGGGAGAGAUCGCAUCCACACAGCCGAUGGCUCAGGAUCUACCCCGGCGCAGAUGAUCCCAAGUGCAACAGCACCUGGCUCCCAGGAGGAUCCUGGCACAGGAUCCGGAGCGGAUCCGGCCUCGGAUCGCGCGACACCUGCCGACAGCCACGCAGCCUCCCCUGCGCCAGGCGAGCGCAGGGCGUCGUCCCGCCCGUUGGCCCAUGUGGCGGCCUCGGAUGGCCCGGUCGCCUCUCCACCCGCCCCGUCCCCCUUAGUGGCAGGGCCCGCCUCUGGCCUGGUUCCCUCCAACCCCGACCCGCCACAGGCUGCCAUCCACGUGCCCCUUCGCCAGCCGGUGGGCCGGCCCUCUUCCACGACAGGCUCGCCAGUGUCGCCUGGUUCCUCCUCGGGAUCGCCGCUGGAUCCAUCUGUUGGAUCUGCAAGCGUGACGGGAUCCCACGGUGAUCUAAUUCCCUCCUCAGCUGCCUGCGCCCCCGGAUCUUCUGUGCCUGGAUCUACUGCAGCUCCUGCCCAUGCAAUGGUGACACGCACACGUGAUCAUACUCGCAAGGUCGUGCACCGUACGGAUGGUAGCAUCAACUACGAUCUGACUCGGCGUGCAUUUCUAGUCUCCAGGGAACCCACUGAUCAUCGUGAGGCCAUGGCGUCUCCUGCUUGGCGUGCUGCUAUGCAGUUCAAGCUUGAUGCACUCCGUCACAAUGGCACAUGGACCUUGGUUCCACCACCACCUCAUGCCAAUGUGAUCGACUGCAAAUGGGUUUUCAAGGUCAAGUACAAGGCUGAUGGCUCUGUUGAUCGUCACAAGGCUCGUCUUGUUGCGAAAGGGUUCAAGCAACAAUAUGGUCUCAAUUAUGAUGAUACGUUCAGUCCGGUUGUCAAACAUGUUACUGUUUGCCUGGUUCUUUCCAUUGUUGUCUCUCGAGGUUGGUGUCUGCGACAGUUGGAUGUUCAGAAUGCAUAUUCCAUGGGGUUCUUGUGUAUAUGCGACAACCUCCUGGUUUUGUGGAUCCUGCGGCUCCUCGAUAUCCGUGUAAGCUGA